ACCGGCUCCCUCUAGUGGCUUACCUGGGAAAGCAAAGAAACGCUGAGCUUCGGGAACAGCCCAUGAAACCGUGAGCGCAGCGUGCCGUUGAUUCUGACAUCACAAGGGCAAAGCCGGAUUCCCUUUGGAGCAUGCGCGGUGUGGUCUUUGGUGUUUGAUCCCGUCGGCUUGCCGUCCGUUUUUGUACAUUGCUGUGUGCCGAGAAGCAGUCGCUCUUGGGAGCUGGGGAAGUAGGGGGCCAUUCUAGGCUAUGGCAAGUGAUGAGUGCGAGCCGGACGCCUUCGAUGCCAUUGUCAUGGCGGAGACGCGAUUUCAUGGUGAAGGCUAUCAAGAAGGUUAUGUUGAAGGAAAGCAUGCUGGUGUUGUUGAAGGAAGACAGUAUGGAAUGCAACAAGGUGCAAACAUUGGCUUAGAAAUUGGAUCAUACCUUGGGUUUGCAAUGACAUGGCAGAGGUUGCUACUUAAAGGCUCCAAUGAAAAACACAGUAAAAAGAUAAAAGUCCUAGAGUUGUUAAUAGAGAUGAUUCAGACAUUUCCCUGUGAUGAUCCAACCUAUGAAAAACUUCAGGAAGACCUGGAGAAAAUCAGAGGACGAUUUAAGCAGAUCCCAAGUUUGUGGAUCAAAUCCUGACAUUGGAAUGAGAUGGAAGAAAGGCUUCACAGGAGCACAACCAUCAUUUACAAAACCAUGUUUCUCAUACAAUGACUGCAGUUGUGAGCGAUAGGUCGGUUGUAUGAAACCCAGAGGAGGCAGUGAUGGCCAACAACUUGGACAGCUUUCAAAAAGGAUUAGAUAAAUUCAUGGAGGAUAACAGUAUCAAAGGCUACUUGUCACAAUAGCUAUGCUCUGCCUAUCAGUGUUCUUCUGAAUACCAGUUGCUGGAAACCUGUUGGGGGGGAGUGCUCUUGUGCUCAGGUCCUGCUUGCGAGCUUCCUGUGGGCAUCAGGUUGGCACUGUGAGAACAGGAUGCUGGACUAGAUAAGCCACUGGCCUGAUCCAGCAGGCUUUUCUUAUGUUCUUACGGUCUUAUGUUCAUUAUCACACCUUUCUUAUAAAUGGCAACAUUACCUGUCAUUGAAAACAAUCCUAUCCUUUGUAUACUCAGUAACUUUUAUUGUACAUCGCUUCGGUUCAUUUUUAUGAAGAAAAGAGACUAAUAAAUUUAAUAAAUAAAACAAACUGUGAA